CUCAGAGUGUGGUGCUCCCUUGGCAGAGCUGUGUUUUCUUUGGGCAGCCCCACUGCUGGGCCCUGAGAGCUGUGCUUCUCUGCCUCUUUCCCUGAUUGCUUCCCUGUCUGUGCCAGGCUGGAGGGGGCUCUUGCUGGAGCAGAGGUGAUGCAGGAGUUGGUGGCUGGUGUGGAGAAGAUCAGGUUUGACCUGGAGGCUGAUGUGGAGCAGCAGAGAGGAGCUCGGCCCCCGCGCUUCCCAGGGGUGGACAUGCAGGGCCCCUCCAGGCGCAGAGGCAGGGCCAAGACCGUGGUGUGCAGGCACUGGCUGCGAGGGCUCUGCAAGAGAGGCGACGGCUGCGACUUCCUGCACGAGCACGACGCCAGCAGGAUGCCCGAGUGCUAUUUCUACUCCAAGUUUGGAGAGUGCAGCGACAAGGACUGUCCCUUCCUGCACGUUGAUGCCACCCCCAGCACCGUGGGCUGUCCCUGGUACGACCGCGGGUUCUGCAGGCACGGUCCCCGGUGCAAGUACAAGCACACCCGGAGGGUGCUGUGUGCCAACUACCUGGUGGGGUUCUGCCCGGAGGGACCCAAGUGCAAGUUCGUGCACCUCAAGGCCGGGCUGAUGACGAGCAGCACGGAGCCGUCCAAGGAAGCUGGCUGUCCACAGCGCCUGCUACAGCAGGAUCUGGCUGACAGGGAGGAGAGGGGAGGCCAGGACAUGCCACCCACAGAGCCACCUCCACGAGUCACCCAGCACCGGGCAGCGCAUCUGUGGGACAUCAGUGGCUGCCCCCGGGCCCACAGAGCCUGCUGGAAUGAGGCACCCGCUCCAAGAGCAGACAGGUCGGUCCCUACACUGGUGAGAGUGGGAGGACUCAGCUGGAAAUGCUGCUGGGGAAGUGACUCCAGUGCUCCCACAUGGAUGGGGAAGGAGGACAUCCUAAAACACGAUGGAGAUGGAGACACAGCACUGGGGCAGCGGCUGGACUAGAAAAGCCAGUUGGGUUUGCUCAGCACCAGCUCACAAUUUGCACAAGCAGCAGAGAAAUCACUUCAUGCAAUGAAAAUUGGACUUCCCACAGCUGGCUCUGGCCAGGCCAGGCCAGCAGCAGCACCCCCUGGGAAGGGGGCACAAAGCACCGUGUUUGAGAUCACAGACCAAGCAGGAAAGGAAAAUCCACAAAG